CUACGGCGAACCAACUUGGCCUAUUUCGGUUUGCUUCAUCACUGACCAAUACCCGAACCGGUGCGUGUCGACUACUCACUGGCAUGGUAUAUCCUGCUUCUUGGUCGUCUUCGUCGUGACAAGCCAUCCAUUUGGGUUCAAGUGCUCAACGUAGCAAGCAAGACCCACCCAACGCUAGCCUGCUGCGAACCGUUGCUUGGGGGUUGAUGAGAUCGCCCGCCACCAGAGGCUCAUCGCGACCACAGUCGCCAGCAUGUCGCAUCUGUCGGUGAGGCCAGAUGGCUUCCUCGGCAUAAGGGGCAAGGCGUUUGAGGACGCCAAGAAGAUGCAGGCCGUGGUCGAGGAGGAGUGCAGGAAAUCAGGCAAGCCAGUCCCUGGCUACGAUCUGACAGAGCUCAUCGGCAAGGGCAGCUUCGGCCGCGUGUACAAGGCCAUCGACCACAAGUCGUCAAAGGUCGUCGCUGUCAAGACUAUCGACGUGGACGAGAGCGACUCCAGCAACCCGCACGCGGCAGAUACGUACAGCGAGUUCCUCAAGGAGAUCAAGGCUCUUCAAGUCCUCAAUGAAGCCGGAGCGCAGAACAUCAACCAUGUCAUCGAGGCACUUCCCGUGGGCAAAGCAAUGUGGAUGGUCACAGAGUACUGCGCGGGUGGCAGUGUGGCGACGCUGAUGAAGCCCACCGCACCGGGGGGUCUUCAGGAGAAAUGGAUCAUACCGAUCCUGAGAGAAGUCGCAACGGCCGUCUUCUGGGUCCACAAGCACGGCAUCAUCCACCGUGACAUCAAGUGCGCGAACGUUCUCGUCACAGAGGUGGGCGCGGUUCAACUCUGCGACUUUGGUGUGGCGGGAAUGAUGGAGACAAAGGUCGACAAGAGAUCGACCUUCAUCGGCACGCCUCACUGGAUGGCACCGGAGCUGUUUGAUCAGAACACGCAAUAUGGAACGGAGGUGGACAUUUGGGCCUUCGGAUCCAUGGUCUUCGAGAUUGCCUCGGGAUUGCCGCCGAAUGCCACAAACCGGACUGUUGGGUUCACAGAACUUGGCGACUACAUCAGAGACCACCUUCCAAGAUUAGAAGGCACACGAUACUCGAAUGAGCUCAAGAGCCUGGUGGCAUACUGCCUUGUGGAGGAUCCCGCCCAGCGCCCUUCCAUUGAGGAAGUCCAGAAGCACCCUUAUAUCAGUAACACUGCAAGCAGAUAUCCGACAUCCAGCCUGUCCGCGCUUGUCAAGGCUUUCAAGCUGUGGGAAGAGGGGGGUGGUACCAGGAAGUCGCUGUUUGCGAUGGGCGGUGCGCAAGGUCCGCUCGACCUUGAUUCAACAUCACUUGCCGCAGAUGAGUGGAAUUUCUCCACCACGCUGGCUUUUGACGAGCAAUUACACGAUGACAUGGAUAUGUCGGUUCCUGAAGCCGUCAGGGACGUCUACGGAACGGCAGUCGAGUUUGAAUUUCCCGGUGUCGGCCACGUCAACAGUGGCUUUGAAGAAGAGACAGCACGCGCCAAGAUGAAGGGGAGGAGGCGACCACCUCAACAGGUGCUUAAUGCUUUCAAGGCACCACUUGAAAAGCUAUUUGAUCCCAACACCAUCUCAAGCUACCACGACAACUCACGCAUGUACUAUGGACGGCCUCAAGAGUUUGCCCCGCCAGAUGCGCCGGAACCACCACAGGCCAGGACAUCUGAUCUGCCUCUUCGGAACGAUUCGUCUCACCAGGACGUCAGGGAGUCUCUGAUUGACUUGGAUGCUUCUCUUGGGGGUGGUUCAAUGUCAGACUUUAUGGAUAUGGGGACUAUCAAAGCGCCAGCUCCACGCGCUGCUGGCCCCAGAGCGUCGCUUGACAACGGCUGGUCUUUUGGCUCCUCGAUGGCGUCAUCGGAUACGCAAGAGUACAGGGUGCCAGACUACAGCGUGCCAGAUUACAGCGUGCCAGAUUACAGCGGUCCACUCACAGACCCUGCGGAUUUUGAAGAAGAAAGAGGGACAGGAGGGCCAGCAUGGCAGUGGCCAACCACUAUUCCGCCUGCAUCAUCAGACUCCGAUAUGGGCCAGUUCUCCAUGAACGAUGACUAUGUUCCGGCUUCGGCACGGCCAAGGCUUAUUCACCAAAGCACUGAGCCAGCCGGCCUGCCCUCCCAGAACUACGAUCUCCAAGUCCCAAAGCCCAGUGCUGCAGACAGGAUGUCUACCUCUAGUCUGAUCGAUCUGGACAUGAGCAUGCCCGAACCUAAUAUGCCAGAUUUCAGUCGACUGCCAGAUCUGACCAGGCCCUCGACGGCUAAUUCGGAUGUCGCCUCAAUGACUGGCUCGGAGCUGGGCGGUGGCGGGCCGUUCGAGCUUGAGCGCCACGCCUCUGUUUAUGCUUCACUGCCGGUGACGAAUCGGGAGCCAUCGAUAUAUGUUUCUGAUGAUUCUGAAUUCGCAUCCGCUAUAAGGCAGAUGCCCACCGACACCCCUGUAGACUUGACGGCAAUGACCUCCAAGCCCAGUCAUGAUGGGUCCAACCAGGCGCGCCCCCAACAGUAUCAAGAUGAGCCGCUUUAUUCUGGCUCGUCACAUACAUAUAUUGAUAAUUUCAGCACGCGGGGCUCAACAAUGCUGCCCGCUGUCGCACCGCCAUCUGCUAGUGUCUUGGAGGCGCGUGCAACACAAGGCGAUGUAGCAAACGAGAUGCGCAGGCUGAUUGGGUCGCUCAAGGAACAUCUAAGUCUGGUUGGGGAACAGGUCGCUGCGAUGGAGCCCAGGCGCUACCGUGAUAGCAUCAACUACGAGUAGACUCUCCAUGAUUCAGUCUGCCACGGCUGCCAUCAGUCGAUCCAAUGAAGCUGUACAACCAGCCAUUUGAGUUUUGUCUUGCAAGCGCAAUGUACUUAUAGACAUCUGAACGAUAGAAGCGAGUUCAUAUCCGGACCAGUCCUCAUAUCCUCCGG